AUGAAUGCGGGGAGAGGGACCGGCGCAAGAGGGAACGUGGGGAGAGGGCCCGGUGCGAUAGGGAACGAGGGGAGAGGGACCGGUGCGAGAGGGAACGCGGGUAGAGGGAACGCGGGGGAUGGGACCGCGGGGAGGGGGACCGGUGCGAGAGGGAACGCGGGUAAAUGGAAGGCGGGGGGUGGGACCACGGGGAGAGGGACAGGUGCGAGAGGACACGGUGGGAGAGGUGCCCGGGGAAGAGGGGCCAGUGGGAGAGGGGCCGGGGGUAGUGCUAACGGGGGGAGCGCUCCUGGUGGGACUGGAACCGCUAACUCGUUGUCCGCGCUCCAUGAGGGGGAGGCGAAAGACAUGGAACGGGUGAGGGGAACGCGGACGGACAACGAGGUCCCGAUCGCGGAUUGGAACCGGCUUGGUGUGGACGACACACCUGCCACGAAAAGAGAGAUGUGCAUGGGAAUCCUCUACGGUCUAUCCGAGGCCACGCUGAAGAAGAAUCACGGUUGGGCCAACGAGUACAAGCGGUUCAUGGCGCACGAGCUGCCAAAACUGGACGAGGGUAGGUUCGGGGAGGAGGCUGCGUUGAAAAACACGAACCCAGACGAGAUCGGGGCCGCGCUCGAACAGAACAUGGGUGGUAGUUGGAAGAUGGCGAAGGGCGACGAACAGCCCUGCAAUGAGACGGAGAAAGAAGAGCGGCAGGCCUUCUUGUUUAGCAACAUGCCUGCAUGCUCUCCGCCCCCCUCCCUCACUCUCCCCCAACACACACACACCUUGAGUAGGGCUGGUAGCCCCCCUGCGAUGAGGAAGUGGACGCAGGGCGGCAGGCCGUAA